GGAAUGCUGGUGUUUAUCUAACUCCCAGAAAUACUUCUACAGUCCAGGUUGAGCUCAUUUCUGGAUAAAUGGACUGCCUUUUGAAGGUUUGGGAAUCGGAGUUUCCUUUGGACCUGACAGUGUGAUAAAACAGAUCGUGUUUCCCGCAGAGGAAAGAGCAAUUCUGCUCGGCAAUGCCAUAGUGCAAAAAUCCAGAAUGGAUGUCCUCCUUAUAGCCCUCCUUGUCGUGCCGCUUAUCCUGGGACAGGAAUACGAGGAUGAAGAAGAGCUGGAAGAGGGUGAUUACUAUCAAGUGAUAUAUUAUUACACAGUGACCCCUAACUAUGAUGACUAUAAUGUAAACUUCACUGUUGAUUACUCUGUGUUUGAGUCAGAGGACAGGUUGAACAGGUUGAAUAAGGAGGUAACAACAGAAGCAGCAGAAACUACCAUUAGUCUUCAUACAGAACUUGUGGACCACCAGAAUCCUGUAACCACGAAACCAGUGACAACAGAACCAGUGAGUCACAUGGACAGUAAGGAGCAGAGUACAGAACAGAAUGAUGCCAUGUCCAGUCUGCAGAGUCCUCUGUCCUGUCUUCUGUUAUGGACCCUCCUUCAAUCGGGGAUGCAUUUUCUGUAGCAGGUGAGAGAAGGCUGCUCUGAUUCUUCGGACUAGAGUUUGGCAAGUUUUGGAUGAAGAAUAAAAAAUUAGUUUUACCUA